AUGUCAAGUCCCAACUCUCUCAGAUCGAUAUCAAGAAACAGGCAACGAACUCUGCAGAAUGGAAAAACCUUCACAAAGGAUGACACCACAAAGGAUUGUUGGGAUACACAGCUGGGUUCUUCGCUUCUGCCUGCACCUUCAAGUUCGAAGACGUAUGAUUUCUACAACUCUUCGGAUGACGACGAGCCGUACGAUGAUACUUCAUCCACAUCCUCUGUUGAGACGACUGUUCAAGCUCCCCAAUGGCUAUCUAUGAUUCCUCUUCAAAGGGUCCGGACAAUCGAAACGCUCUCGCAGGAUCCCUCGUGUGACGCAAGAGAUAGGGCUUUGAGACAAGAACUCUUGUCUACAUGUGUGAGGCGGGAUGAUUUAUCCAAAAAAUACUCAGAGUACUACCACUCCAUCACUCGGUUGGAGUCCGAACUGAAAGCGGAAAAGGAAGCCGCAGCUUCAGCUGAAGCCGAUUCUUCAAGCAAAGGCCCGAAAGCACGAUCGAGGUGGGCUAUCAAGGAGCCUCUAGGACUAGGUCGUAAUAAGAGCGAAAGGUCCGAGCCAAGGUCUGAGCCAAGCAAAGAAUCAAUCAUCAAGAAACUCAAGUAUGAACAAGCAGAGAUUGAUAGUCAGCAAAAAGUCGUGUUUGCCAGCUUUGACCGAAUAAAUGGGGAAAGCAAACACCUUGCCGACACUUUAUGGAACGAGAAGGUCGGUCAAUACUCCCAAAACAUAUCAGAUGGUCUCACGGAAGUAAGAUACAAUUCUUUCAAAUCAGACGAGGUGCAAGCGAUACCCGAUAUCAGGAAAGCUAUAUUAGAAAGCCACAGUUAUGACUCGGCUGAUAGUCAAUGA